UUCAAAACGAUCCUAUUGGUCCACCGCACAUCGCAGUAACAGAUUCAAUUAUCUGUCCGUCCAUUGGCUAUGGAUGGCAUCCGACAUGCAGAGACAAGCGGACCAGCAGCUGAUCACCAAACAUUUUCCUAUAUUCCAACCUGUACGCCAAUGGCUUCUCAGCAGCCGCAGCAGCAACAGCAGCAGCAGCAGUGCACUGUCACGCAGCGUCCACCCAAAAAGCCAAUGUGUCGAAUGUGUCGCAAUCACGGCAAAAUCCGUCCGACGCGAGGACACAAGCACGAGUGUCUGCACAGAGACUGCCGCUGCGACAAGUGCGAGCUGACGCUCCAGAAUAGAAGAACAAACGCCGUCCAAGUCGCAAACAGACGACAAGAGGCGAAAGCAAAGAGAAUAGAUGAAGUUCGUGCGGAGGCUUUCACACCACACUUAGACCCAUCCUUGCAAGUCGACUAUUCGCUAGUCGAGAAUCAUGUCGGCUCCGCCGUCGCGCAGUGGCCGCUCGUCAUUCCUCUCUUCAUGCAGCAGUACAGAUCUAAACAGCACGCGCACUCUCCAUACUACAACUACAACUACUCGGUCUCAUCUCCCUACUGCUACUGGAUGGAACCGACACAUCAUGCGACCUCGUCUGGUCACAGUGUCAGGUUCGAUCCCUAUCACAAUCGAGCCGAUUAUUUUCGUUUGACUGAAUCUGGCGUGUCAUGCCAGUUGGCACUCGCUCAACUGCAGCCCAGAGCACCGAAAUGUCAGUCCUUCGCGUCGCGGUUGAGCAAACGAAGCGAGUUUUCUGACCGGCAGGAUGUCCAUCUUGUUACUGACGUCGAUAGAACUGCACACACGAACGUGGUGCAUCCGUCUGUGGAAAGCAUCGUCGCAUCGCUCGGUUUUUGGAAUGCGACUGCAGAUGAGAGGAGCAAAUUGCAGAAAUCUGCCGUCGCAGCGGGCAACUACACGGUCGCGUCACUUCUCAAGGACGCGCGCGUCACGAGAGGAGACGGAGCGGUAGCGAUUACGUCGGGAAAAGAUAGUCUGGAAAGCCACCAGUGAGUCGGUCUUGUAGAACGGAAAGUAGGGUGUACGUAUGUCUUCACACAGCCGACAGGGUUUAGAAUACUGUAAUUCUGCAUGCUAAAUUCGACGGCUUGCAUUGGUGGAGAAACGAGCACUCGUAUACGUGAUUGUCAUUACUGCAAGCACUCGUUUAUGUUGAAGUUGUAAUUGGUAACUAGAGAUCGUUAGCAGAAACGGUCAGAAAAAUUAUAUUGUUGAUUCGUUUAAUGGAGUUAGCUAAAGAUUAUUGAUUGAGUUCUAUCUAGAGAUUGGAGCAUACAGGUCAAACUGUAUAGAGAGACCGCUAAGAGUCUUGCUACUACAGUACGUACUGACCAUAUUGGUGUGUGCACUUGCAAAGGUGCUUGGCAUUUGUGGUCCUAUGUUGCAACUUCGAGUAUUUGAUUGACAGUAUCUGUUGGUCUUGAAGACAGUGAGGUGUUGUAGGCAUUGGUGUCGUACUUGAUAGGGCACAUCUGUCAACAUUCGCGCAGUUAAGAGUUUGCACUGUAUU